UUUCCCACCACACAAAUGGCGACUCGAGAGGGAGGAAAUUCGCUAGUAGACCAAUUUAUUGCAAUAACAGGAGCUGACAAGGUUGUAGCAGAGCGAUUACUGGAAGCAUGUAACGGCAACUUAGAGAUGGCCAUUGGCAUGCAUAUAGAUGGUGCUGCAGGACAAGAGGAGCCAGGACCAACACCUGGCACAAGUAGUCGAGUCUCAUCAGCACCUCUUCAAGAUGACGAAGAUGACAUCAGAGCACCAGAUCCACAGAAGCAUGAAGUUCUUGUGCACGAAUCCUACAGCUUUGGUUUCCGUGGACGUAGAAGAACUACAAGAUCUGUGUUUGAUGGAUUCAGGGAUUUUCAGGCAGAAGCCAGGCAGCAAGAAAUAAUGCAGGAUGAGGGGAAGGUGCAUAAGAGAAAAACUCUGGAAGAUCUUUUCCGUCCACCUAUUGAUCUGGUUUUCAAAGGAACAUUCCACGCUGCUAAGGAAUAUGGCAGCACCAGUAACAAGUGGCUAAUGGUGAACAUACAGAACGUACAAGAGUUUUCCUGCCAGGCGCUAAACAGAGAUGUGUGGAGUCAUGCUGCUGUGAAAACUAUCAUACAGGAACACUUUGUUUUCUGGCAGGUGAGAAGAUGGUGGUGUGGAGUAAAGUGGACCAUGUUUCCUUCUGUGAUAUAGUCACAGAUUUCCUGACACACCACCCGUCUCCAGAUGGCAGUGCAACCACCUCUCCUGCCAAGACAGUCCAACGCAGUGACAGCAUCAUUGAUGCCAGUGAAGACUCCCAGAUGGCAGCAGCUAUCCAAGCAUCUUUAAAAUCUAAUCAAGACAGGCCAUCCAGAAAUACCAAAAGCAGUCCAUCAACAGUGACAUUGGACUCAGACUCAGAUUCUCAGGAAUUUAGUGGCUCGGAACUGGAAACUUUCUCAGACUCUGAUGUUGAAGAUUCAACUCCCAUGAUAAAAAGUGGGAGAGAGGAAACACAGUGUUCAAACAAAGAUAAAACCACCUCAAACUCGGAUGGAAUCUCAAAUGGGGUUAAUAGUAUAAGGAAAGGGAAAGUUAAAGACACACAGGACACUCAGUCUGGAGAAGCAGAAAAUAGGAAAAGAAAAAGUUCCUCGAACAUUGUUGGAAGUGCAGAGAAAAAGAUAAAAGAGUCUCAGAGUAGUAAACCCGAAAGAUGGAAAGAUUUCUUGGGACCUGACACAGACCCUCUUUCCAAAGUAAUUGUAAGGUUUCCUGAGAACAAAAGGGAGACCUUUGAAGUCCCAUGUUCAUCUAAACUCAGGGCCUUGGUGCUAUUUGUGGAAGAACACGGCUUUCCAAACGAGCGAUAUGAGAUGGUGACAACAUUUCCUAGGAAGAAAAUAUCACACAUGGACUUUGACGACACAUUGAAACAGUGUGGUCUUUUCCCUCAGGAGACUGUGUUUGUUCAGGGAAGAUCUUAGUUACAGUUACCUAGGAAACUGUUUGUACAGGGAAGGCCAUAGUUACAGUUACCUAGGAGACUGUUUAUAGAGAAUAUCAUGUGUCUCAGAGAUCAUAGACAUGGUGCCAGAUGACCUUCUUUUUUAAUAUUUCCUAUGAACUAAGAUUAGGAUUUAACUGUUGAUAUUAUUUUAAGAUUAUAGUUCUUAAGCAUUUGUAUGUAAAAGCUGUUUUGUGUGACUAAUAUCAUAUCAGGAAUAUUGUAUAUACUUUUCAACCAUAGUUAUAACUUGAUAUGUUGUCCUUGUAUAUAGUUAAAUUUCAAAAUGUAUAGAUUACUGCAUAGUUUAGUUGAGGUUAGUUUAGGUUAGUAAAGAGGUACACGAUGCCUUCAGAGGCAUUGAGACAGGUCACACCUGCAAAAAAAAGUGAUGUUUCUGCUUCCUUUGGUUUGUUAGUUUUAUCCAAAAAAGAUACGAAUGGAGUUAAGUAAAAUUUUCAAUUUCGCUUAGAAAUGUCAGAUCGAUCUUGGUGAAGAUCAAUCCAUUAAUCAGUUUGUAAUGAGGAUGGAGCCUCUUUGGCAGAG